UGUACUUUGUUCAGUUCCUUAAUUUUUUUAAUUCUCUUCACCUGAGUCAGAGUUUCCUCUGUUUUCUCUGCCUCCAAAAAAUGCAAUUCAAAACCCUAACAUCUCACAGCACUAGUCCUCUCUUCCAAAACCCAACCUUCUUCUUCAACAAACUACCACAACCACCACCACCUCGCUUUCCCAUCCCUCUCUUCCCUUCUAAUUUGUCACUCAUUUCGACGACGAAGAAAAGCUUUCGGAAUCGGAUAGUAACUGUUUCUUGCAUUAGCAAUAACAGAGACAAUGAUAACAAUGGCCCCCGCGAAAUUGAAAACGGCAGUGAUAUUGCCUCUGUUUCGGAGAUUAAGGUAUCGGAAAUGGAGAGUCAGAGUAUAUGGCAGCAAAUGAAGGAGAUUGCGAUGUUUACUGGGCCCGCCACUGCGCUUUGGAUUUGCGGACCGUUGAUGAGUCUCAUUGACACCGCUGUUAUUGGUCAGGGUAGCUCCAUUGAGCUCGCUGCUUUAGGGCCGGCAACAGUUGUAUGUGAUUAUUUGAGUUAUUCAUUCAUGUUCCUCUCAAUUGCUACUUCGAAUAUGGUUGCUACUGCACUUGCCAGACAGGAUAAAAAAGAAGUGCAGCAUCACAUAUCUAUCUUGCUCUUUGUUGGAUUGACUUGUGGCUGCUUGAUGCUUUUGUUUACAAGAUUCUUCGGUUCAUGGGUAUUAACUGCUUUUACUGGGUCAAAGAAUGCACAUCUCAUACCUGCAGCAAACACAUAUGUUCAGAUUCGAGGCUUAGCAUGGCCUGCACUUCUUGUUGGAUGGGUUGCUCAGAGUGCAAGUCUUGGCAUGAAAGAUUCCUGGGGACCUUUGAAGGCUUUGGCGGUGGCUAGUGUUGUAAAUGGCAUUGGUGAUAUAGUCCUGUGCAGUUUCUUGGGAUAUGGUAUUGCUGGUGCAGCAUGGGCUACAAUGGCCUCCCAGGUUAUUGCAGGAUAUAUGAUGAUUGAAGCUCUGAACAAGAAAGGGUACAAUGCAUUUUCCAUCUCUGUUCCAUCACCUGAUGAACUUCUGACAGUACUUGGGCUUGCUGCUCCGGUGUUUUUAACAAUGAUGUCUAAGGUGGCUUUCUUCUCCCUCCUCACAUAUUUUGCCGCGUCUCUGGGCACCUACUCCAUGGCCGCUCAUCAAGUCAUGUUUCAAACAUUCCUCACAUGUACAGUAUGGGGUGAACCUUUAGCUCAAACCGCUCAGUCAUUUAUGCCUGAGUUAAUAUAUGGAGUUCAUCGAAGUUUGGAAAAGGCUCGAAUGUUGCUAAAAUCUCUAGUCAUCAUUGGAGCAAUACUUGGAUUGCUAUUAGGGGUUGUAGGAACAUCUGUUCCUUGGUUGUUCCCCAGAAUAUUUACACAGGAUCAGAAUGUCAUACAUGAGAUGCACCAAGUUCUUAUUCCAUUCUUCAUGGCAUUAGCUGUCACACCCCCAACUCUCAGCCUUGAGGGAACAUUGCUGGCUGGACGGGAUCUUAAAUUUCUUAGUUUGUCAAUGAGCGGAUGCUUUUCUGUAGCUUCACUUGUACUAUUGCUUGUGACCAGUAGGGGAUAUGGUCUGACAGGCUAUUGGUUCGUUCUUAUUGGAUUUCAAUGGGCUCGGUUUUUCCUCUCACUUCGGCGCCUUCUGUCUCCCAAUGGCAUGCUUUACUCUGAAGAUUUGGGUCAGGGAGAUUUGGAUCAGGGCAAAUUGGAAAAGCUGAGGGCUGCUUAGUUUAGGAAUCCACAUGAACAAAAUGGUAAAUAAAUUUGGCAGGAAUCAAAUUCAUGGUUCUAGCCUACAGAAUUUACAAAUUAUAAAAAAACAUUGACAUUACAUUAUAUCUUUUCUAGGCAAAGAUAAAUUGUGAUUCUGUGCUCAAUGAGGCUAAAAUCAGAAGAAAUGUACGGCCUCAAACUGUGACAUUUGUAUUUUUUUCGACCAAAGCAAGUUAAUUGUUUGUC